UUACUUCACUUAUUUUAAUAAAGAAUGUUGUUCAACUUAUAUAAUAAUUACGAAUUUCUAAGGUUUAAAACUUGCAAUAUUAUAGAUUAAACGAUGAUAUUUCAAAAAUAAUAAUAAUUCAAUAUUUGAAAAUUUCAAUAACACAUAAUAUUAAACAUAAAUACGUAUGAGAACAUCUAUACGAAACAUAAAUUUAUUUAUAAAUUUUACAAAAUGGAAGAAUUCGAUGAUAAUCAUGAUGUGCUAGAAGAUAUAAAAGCUCUUGAAAUAGUAUUAACUCAAGACAAUACUUAUAAUGAAAUUCAUAAAAGUAACGAUUUAGCAGAAUCAAAUUAUUCUACUGUAGAAUUUACGGAAUUCACACUAGCAUCAUCAUCAAAACAUUCAUUAUUGUUGAAACCAUUUCAUGAUCAAUCUCAAAAAUCUGUUAAUAUUAUCAGCGAUAUUUAUAAAAGUAACACAAGUCUUAUAAACUCAUUUAAAUUAGCAAUAGGAAUGGUUUCAAUGAAACUUGAAGAAUGCAUUAAACGACAAAAAGAAGUUGAUUAUCAGAUACAAGCAAUUUCAAAAAGAGGUAAAGCCAACUGGAAAGUAAAUUAUAUUCAUGCUGGAAUGCCGUACUUUAAAGAUGAAAAAUUUUUUCCUUCACCGAUGAAUGAAGACACUAAACAAAAGCAAUUGAAUAAUGAACUUUCAAUUGUUCAUUUGCGUGGACCAACUCGAUGGACUACAAAAGAUCGAAAUCUUGUUAAAAUUGCAGUUCGAGCUCAAGCUGCUAAUGAAGCUUUCGAUAAAAUGAUUAAAAAAACAAAAGAAAAUAUAAAUUAUAAUAAUGAAGAUAAUGAAUGUAUACCACCAAAAGAUUUACUUGCUAUGGUUGGGCCUCUUGGUUCUAAAGAAUUCGAUUGGAUGAAGAUAUCUGCAAUUGAUUUGAAAGGUAGACAUACUCCAAAUGAAUGUCGCGCAAUAUGGAAUAUACUUUUACAUCCUGAAAUUAAUAGUUCUAAAUGGUCAAGGGAUGAGGAUACUAUGUUAAAAAUUCAAGCUAAAUUUCAUAAUUGCCUAGAUUGGGAUAGAAUAUCAAAAGAAUUAUACAGUAACCGGAGUGCGUAUGUGAGCUUUAUAAGAUAUAAUACGUUGUUUGGUACUGCAUAUACUGAUGUUCCAUGGACGGCACCUGAAAAUAAUUUUCUCACAACAUGUAUUGAAGAACAAAAAUUUGGUGACUUGAUACCUUGGAGUUGCAUCAGUAUUUAUCUUAAUGAUCGAACUAAAAAUCAAAUAUAUUCACAUUGGAAAUAUAAUUUAGAUCCAUCUCUUAAAAAAGGCCGAUUCAACAGUGAUGAAGAUCAACUAUUGUUAGAUAGUGUUUCGGAAUUUGGAACAAAUUUUCCGAAAAUUUCAGCAGAAGUAAUGCCUUAUAGAACUAGUGUACAAUUAAGUGGACGGUUUCGAUUGUUAAUGUUAAAAACUAAUAAAUUGUAUAAUUCUUGGACAAUAUCAGAUGAUAGAAAAUUACUUCAACUUUAUGAAGAAUUUGGAGCUCAGUGGAGCAUGAUAGCUAAUAUUAUGAAGAGAGAUCGGACUUAUAUUCGACAUCGUUAUACUGCGAUUAAACGCCAUAUGUGUAAAGGCACCAAAUUAACAAGUAUUCCACGAAAAUACUGUGAGUCCAAAUGUAAUGAUGAACACAAUGAUGAUUGGAAUGUCAAAAUAAUAAAUGAGCAAGAGUUAAAUACCAGUAUAGAUAUUCAGUUAAUAAAAUACUUUCAAAGUAUACAAGCUGCUAAGGCUAAACCAGGUCGUAAAUCAACAUACCAUACUGCUGAUCAACUCGAGACUUAUACCAAAAAAUUAUAUAAUAUUUUUGAAAAAUUAAACACUAAAAUUAUUAUCCCUGAUAAUAUAAAUAGUUUUAAUAUUAGUACAAAAGAUAAAGAAUUAUUAAUAUCUUUCAAAAAGUAUUGUAUUGAAAAAUUAACUUUAUCAUCGAAAAUUAUUGAACAAUAUCGUCAAAAAAUGUUUGGUGAUAUUAAUUUAAAUGAUGAAUCAGAACAUUUUAUUCCACCUGCUCCAUUUGGUCUAUUUCAAAAUCGAGUUAGUAGAUCUUCAUCUAAUAACACAAAAACUAAUCUCAUAAGUAAUACUUGUCAUGUUGAUCUAACAAUGGAUUUUCAAACUCCUGAUAAUGUUGUUAAAUUUUUAACAGCUGAAGAAAUAAUUCAUUUCAAUAAAUUACAAUCAUUUAUUGGAACAAAAUUUCAUUUAUAUUCUAAAAGUUUCGACAAAAUACAUUUCCAACCGGUCGAAAAUCUGAAAAAGACUAAUAAUACAAGAUUAGAUCCAUUUAAUCAAGAAGCUGAAGUGUCCAUUGACUAUCCAGAUGAUGAUAAUAAUCGAGAAAAAAAUGUUUUUAUUGAACCAUGUCAUUCAACUUUAAUUGGAUAUCAAAGUUUAUUAAUAAUAAAAAAUUUGUUAUUGUCUGAAACAAAUAUAAAAAAUGAUGAUUUAACAUUUAAUAGAACAAAACUUACUAAUAAAGGUAGAGAAGCAUUUACGUUACUAAAACUUCGUCUUCAACGUUUGUUCAAAUAUCCAGUAAUAAUAGCACGUUUAUCACCAAAUAACUAUAUUGAAAAAAUUUCACAUCAUAGUGACAUCAAUAACAUUUUUAAUUAUGUACAUGAUGAAACUUUAUCAUAUUCAAACGAACCUGUAAUGGAAAAUAAUUCUAAAAAAAACAAUUAUGUAACAUUAAAUAAUGAAGAGAAAUUGCCAGAUACUGAAUAUGAAAUAGAAUAUAAUCCUACAUCAAAAUUUAGUUCUGAAAAAUUUUUUCAUGAUAAUAUACCAUUAGUAACUAACAACUUAUCCAACUGCGAAAAAUUACAUCUUGUAUCUGUAAACUUUGAAAAUACGAAACAGGAGCAGGAAAAUUAAAGAUUUGUGUUGUUGAUGUUUUAUGUUAAAAAAAUGGUUUGUAUUUGAAUUUUUAUUUUAAUAAAGUUCAAUUUUUUAUAAUUGUAAAAA